AUGAGGCUGAACCCAACGAAGUGCGCCUUCGGUGUAUCUUCUGGUAAAUUUCUCGGAUUUAUGAUCAGCCAAAGGGGAAUCGAAGCUAAUCCCGAGAAAAUCAAAGCCAUAAUCGACAUGGAAACCCCGAAGACACAGAAGGACAUUCAAAGCCUUACCGGACGUGUCGCUGCCCUGUCACGCUUCAUCUCCAAGGCUACCGACAAGUGCGUGCCGUUCUUCAAAGCUUUGAAAGGGGGCAAACAUCAUAUCGCAUGGACUCCCGAAUGCGACCAGGCAUUUCAAAACUUGAAGAACUACAUGAGCCAGGCACCGCUAUUAUCAAAACCACUCCCAGGAGAAGUCCUCAUCCUAUACCUCUCGGUACUCCAAAAGCCAGAAACGUUGGGCCGAUUGGUCAAAUGGGCAAUCGAGUUGGGAGAAUUUGACAUACAGUUCAAACCAAGGCAUGCAGAAAAAGGUCAGACUGUCGCCGACUUCAUCUCCGAGCUCACACCUCAUGCACUAUCGGAAAAAUCCUUUCCGAACGCUAUCCUCACUGCACCAGAGAGAAUGGAUGCUGAGCGCUUUGACACUUCCGUUCCUCUCUGGAUUCUGCACGUGGAUGGCUCGGCAAACCAGCAAGGUUGUGGUGCCGGCUUAGUGUUAACCACUCCGGACGGUGGCAAAGUCGAAUAUGCCCUUCGAUUUAACUUCCGGACCUCCAAUAACGAGACAGAGUAUGAGGCUCUCUUGGCCGGCCUUCGGCUAGCCAAGAGCAUGAGCGCGAAGCAAAUCAGCAUUCACAGUGACUCCCAGCUCAUUAUGAAUCAGAUAACGGCAGACUUUGCAGCUAAGGAUGCCUCUAUGUCAGCUUACCUAUCGGCAGCUCACCAAUUACUGGAAAAAUUUCAGGCCUACGAGAUACGACAGAUCCCGAGGUCAGAAAACAGCCAUGCCGAUGCGCUCUCGCGUUUGGCUUCGGCAAUAAAUGACAAGAUCAGAAGAAAGGUACCGGUGGAGAUAUUAUCCCAGCCAAGCAUGACAGCUGCUGAGGUGUGUACCGUACGGUACGAGGACACAUGGAUGUCUCCGAUCUAUGCUUUCCUGACAACCGGAGUCCUUCCGACCGAUAAAUCCCAGGCUCGGAAACUCCGGUACCAAUCGGCAAGAUACACGGUCAUCGACGAUGUUCUGUACAAGCGGGCCUACACCACGCCGUACCUAAAAUGCCUUACCAAAUAG